AUGAAAAUACCAAAAUAUCCCCCACUACGUUCUGUGCGUCUCCCUGAACAGUUAAGGAUUCGAGUUCCUGAUUUCCGUCAAAAGUUCAAACAAUUGCAAAUGCAAGGCCAACCAAUCACUUUAGAAGGAAGAAUCACUAACAUUAGACAAAUGCUGAAGAAAACUUAUUUCUUCGACAUUAUUCAGGAUAAUACCAAGAUCCAGCUUCUUGCUACCACAAAUUCGACCAAAUUAGAUAGUGAAUCGUUCAAAGAGCAUUUCAUGCUAUUUAAUAAGAACGAUUCUGUUCACGCUACAGGGUUACCUCACAUAACGGGUACAGGCGAGUUACUGAUAAAACUAGAUCGACCUAUGGUGAGUUGUUCGCCCGCAGUUCGAGAAGUGCCCAGUAAGUUGGUUGACCGUUCGCAAAUUAAUUCCAGAAGAGUCGCUCAUUACAUUUCACUGGCUGAAGCCAGAAAAGUGCUUACGAUUAAAUCAAAAGUCCUUCAACUGAUUAGGAACUACUUUCUAAAUCGAGACUUUGUUGAAGUCCAGACUCCAUUACUUGCUGAAUCUGGUACGGGAGCUAAUGCCACUCCGUUUAUUACUCGCUCUAAGGCGCUUGAAAAUGAUCAACAACUACAAUUGAGAGUGGCACCAGAAAUAUGGUUGAAGAAAUUGGUAAUUGGUGGGUUUGAUAAAGUGUUUGAAAUAGGCCAGAAUUUCCGGAACGAAGGUAUUGAUGGUACACACAAUCCAGAAUUUACUUCCUGCGAGUUUUACCAAACAUGGACUGAUUUGGAUGAACUUAUGAACAUCACAGAGGAGUUAUUCGCUCAAUUAAACGUUGAUGUUGGUUCCCCCAUUGAGUUUAAACCAAUUAUUAAAUAUGAGUUUGUUCCUACUAUAGAGAAGAUGACAGGUAUACCAUUCCCCAAAGUUUUAGAUCAAACAUCAUUAUUAGACUAUUUUGCAAAGUUGGAUAUCCCCUUCCCCGAGAUUAAGUCACCACUGAUUCUCCUUGAUACACUUUGUUCAACAUAUUUGGAACCAUUAUCAAACGAGAACCAACCGAUUUUCAUUUACAACCAACCAGCAGAGCUUUCACCGCUAGCAAAGUCGACUGAAAUAGAAUAUGGCGGCGGCCGGAAGUACGAUAUCUCUUUGCGAUUUGAGAUGUUCAUCAACGGAAGGGAAUACGUCAAUGCAUACGAAGAAGAGAACUCUCCAGAGACUCAGAAACACAAGUUUGAACUACAACAACGUGCUAAAACAGAGUAUUUGGAUCCAGAAUCACAAAUCCCCGACUGGCAUUACAUUGAAGACAUGAAGUACGGCUUACCACCAACUGGUGGUUGGGGGUGCGGCAUUGAUAGGUUAGUCAUGUUAUUUGCUGGCGUCUCAAGGAUUGAAGAUGUUCUCAGUUUUGGGAACUUGCGAGAUGUUAUCCGCCAAUGA